AUGAUCAACAGCACUCAUCAUCACAAGCUGAGCAUUGCAAAAAACAAAAUACAAGCAGCACUCUUCGACGCUAUCACCACAACUAUCACCAUCAUCACGUAUUUGACCCAAUCGUCACAUCACACGGAUUCAUCCUUAACAUACGAAAUGACUCCAUUCCUUUUGGUUCAACUCUACUAUCCGUACAUCAUUUACUCACUUCUCGCUCUCAUCUUAUUAUAUCUUCUCAACCAUUCAUUCCUUCAAGUGAGAACCAAUGAAAUUGUAUGUGUGGAGCGAUUGGGUCAAUUCUCUCGAACUCUGAAGGCAGGAUUGCACUUUAUUGUACCAUUCGUUGAACAAGUUAAAUGGGUUCGUUGGGUGCACACUGUUGAAAAUCCCUUUUCACACAAGACCGAGUUAAAAGUCGAAGAAAUGUAUCGAAUUCCCACUCAGGAAAUUUUAUUUGAUUUUCCAACCUUGAAUGUGACCACCAAAGAUCGAAUUGCAGCCGAUGUGAAUGGUAUCAUGUUUUUCCGUAUUCAAAAUCCAGUGAAGGCAGUUUAUGAAAUUUGUGAUUUGUAUCAAUCGAUUGAACAGUUAAUUUACACCUCACUCAGAGAUGCAAUCUCUAAAAUUACAUUGGAUGAAGCUAUUGAAGGUAAAUCAAAAAUCAAAGAUUCCAUCGCCGAGGAUUUCAAAUCACUUGAGGAGUCCUGGGGUGUGAAAUUAACCAAAUUCGACAUUCAAUCCAUUGAAGCACCUUCUUCCAUUGCCAAAAGUAUUGAAAAGCUUGUAGCAGCUCAGAGAGAAGCGCAAGCAGAAUUGGAGAAAACUCGCUCCUUACAACAAGCGAAACUGCUCAAAAUUCAAACCGAACAAGAAAUUGAAUUAUUGGCAUGUGACACUGCUAACAAGAAAAAACUCAACGAUGCUCAAACAGAGACUGAAAUUGCGAAACAAAAGGCAGAAUCAGAAUCAUUGGCAAUUCGAAUGAAAGCGGAAUCAGAAGCUCUCUAUCUAUCAAAAAUUCUUUCAGUGAAAGGAAUCGAUCAAUCUUAUUUGAUUCAAAAAGAAUAUACACAAGCAGUUCGGCACUUGUCACAAUCUUCCAAUAAGGUCAUUGUUAUUCCAAUGGAAAGUGCAAAAUACUUUGGAAUGACUUCGACUUGGAAUGCCAGUACACUAGAAAGUGCAACUCUUCCAAAGGCCACCAUGGAUGAUGUCGAGUGA